AUGGAUUGUAAAUUGAUAUUUGAAGAGAAAGAGGAAGGCAAAGAACUGAUUUGCUAUGUUCAUAUGAUAGCUUACUAUGUUCUAAGAAUACUAGACGGUAUCUGUGGGGCGAUUCACAAUACGUAUCACUUACAAGCCUACUUUUCUCGUCUUCUGGUACUUGGUUUUCUGAUGGACAUGGUUUUAGCUGCAACUGAUGCUCCACAACAAGCUAUCACGCACCCGAGUAACAACAACAAACCCUGGGUGAUCGGUGGUGUCGUCACUGCUUCUGUCCUUCUCCUUGCAAUUUUCAAUCUUCUUGUUUGGUACCUAUGUUCCCGAAGAAGAAAACUCCACAAGAGUGUCCAGCUGAGUAACUUGGAAUUCGAAUACGAAGGUGGGCCCGCCUACACUCUGUUUUCCUUCAGCGAGAUCGAGAUUGCAACUAAUAACUUCGACAAGGUUCGAGUUAUCGGCGAGGGUGGGUUCGGGAAGGUCUACAUUGGAACACUCAAGGAUGGGACCACCGUAGCUAUCAAACGCGGGAGUACACGUUACCACCAAGGCGAGAAGGAAUUCAGAGCUGAGAUUACAGUCCUUCUGAGGCUCCGCCAUUUUCAUCUCAUUUCUUUACUCGGUUGUUGUAACGAAAACUCAGAGAUGAUCCUCGUAUAUGAGUACAUGGAUAACGGAACCCUCCGUCAGCAUCUUUAUGACAGAGAAAACACCCAACCAACCAACGAACCAUUAACAUGGGCCCAGCGGCUCAAGAUCGCUAUACAAUCGGCAAGCGGUUUACACUAUCUUCACACGGGUUUCCAGAGUCCCAUCAUCCACCGCGAUGUGAAAACAUCCAACAUUCUCUUAAACAAAAAUCUCAAUGCCAAAGUGUCUGAUUUCGGACUAUCAAGAGAGCGCCCUGUUGUGGAUAACGCUCUAAGCAGUGCUGUGAAGGGUAGUUUCGGGUAUAUAGACCCGGAAUAUUACCGGCGACAUAGGUUGACUGAGAAGUCGGACGUGUAUUCUUUCGGCGUUGUGCUUUUUGAAAUAUUAUUUGGCCUCCCUGCCCUGGACUCGACACGUCCCACAGAGCAACAGAUGUUGUCUGAAUGGGCCCUACACUGUUACAGAGAUGACAUUCUUGAUCAGAAUAUCGACCCGUAUCUCAUGGGUGAAAUUUUGCCCCAAUGCUUGGAGAUAUAUGUCAAAACUGCAACCUCGUGUCUUGCUGACAAGGGAGAAGAUAGGCCCUCAAUGGGGGAUGUACUUGUGAGUCUCCAGCGGGCCUUGGCUCUUCAAGAGAGUCGGGAUGUUUUCCUCCAGAUGCCACCCGAAUUGUAG